UGGUAUAUCAGUAAUUUAUUAGGGGAAGCCCUUAUUUGGGGUUAUAUGGUAUAUCAGUGAUUUAUUAGGGGAAGCCCUUAUUUGGGGUUAUACGGUAUAUCAGUAAUUUAUUAGGGGAAGCCCUUAUUUGGGGUUAUAUAGUAUAUAAGUUAUUUGUUAGGGAAGCCCUUAUUUGGGGUUAUAUAGUAUAUAAGUUAUUUAUUAGGGAAGCCCUUAGUUGGGGUUAUACUGUAUUACAGUAUAUCAGUUAUUUGUCAGGGAAAGCCCUUAUUUGGAGUUAUACGAUAUAUCAAUUAUUUGUAAAGGGAAGCUCUUCUUUGGGUCUAUACAGUAUAUCAGUUAUUUGAUAGGAGAGGAUUUUAUUAAAGUCUAUACGGCAUUAUCAGUUAUUUGUUAUAGGAGCACCUUAUUUAGGGUUAUAUGGUAUCAGUUUACUUGUAUUAUGUACUUUGGUCGGAGAUAACUUUCUAACUUUCUAUAGGAUAAUAUGUCCCAAUCACCAUUUAUCUUUGGUACAAUAGUUCAAGGGAAGUUUUUGUCAACCAUUAGUUGUCUUUUUAUGUUGUCUCUUUUUUUCUCUAACCGUAACUUCAGAAUUAUUUUGUAGUCAUGUGCUGACUCUUAUUUGUUUGUAGCCUGUUAUAAAAGAACUCCUGAAAACCCACAAAUCAUGGAUUUUAUUUGACUGGGAUUCAUUUGAUAUCUUAUGCAUUGGAAGUGUUUAAAAGUACUAAAGUGUUGCAAAGAAAGUGUUAGAAAAGGUGAAUUACAUUUAGAACAAAACCAUGGAAAGUGGGGAGGCUACAGGCUGUGAAAAUGUUGGAAACCUUACAGCUAGCAGUGACAGGCAUGUUAGUUACGGUAGUUAUCAGGAACGAAAUGCUCCGACACCACCAAGUGACAGUAGUGAAAUCAACGGGGAUGACGAGGCCCCUCUCAUACACUCCCCGAUGAUCUGGAGGUUACCUCGAGGAUUGAGUAUGAGUGUGAGGUCUAGGAUAGAUUCCACAAGGGACACUCGUAGGACCCUCGGAACUUUUGCAGGAGUGUUCUGUCCAAUAGCGCUGUCAAUGUUCAGUACUCUUUUAUUUCUUAGGACAGGUUUUGUGGUUGGGCAAGCUGGUAUACUAGAGACGAUUCUACAGCUCUUCCUCGCCUACGCUAUCCUCGUAUUGACUGUGUUCAGUAUAUGUGCAAUAUCGACAAAUGGUGCAGUGGAAGGGGGCGGGGCUUACUAUAUGAUAAGUCGUGCUCUUGGUCCAGAGUUUGGAGGCAGUAUUGGUUUCCUGUUCUAUGUAGCCAAUGUACUGGCAUGUGCUUUGUACGUGAGUGGUUUCACAGAAGGAAUAAUGGAAAACUUCGGCAUUGGUGGCUAUUUUGUUGCUGAGCAUGAUGGCCUACCAGUGAAGGGAGACUGGUGGAAAUACCUGUACGCUACUGUUGUACUGUUUAUAUGUCUGCUGGUCUGUCUAGUUGGAGGAUCAAUGUUCGCAAAAACACUUACAGUCAUUCUUGGGAUUACAGUAAUAUGUACCUUGAUGGUGUUUAUAAGUAUUUUUGCAACGAACCAUACAAUACAAGUUGCAGUGCCAAAGGAGAACCAUUUAGCUCAUAUUAAACAUGGAAAUGAAACAAUAAAUGGAACACUGAAGUUUAACUACACUGGCCUUGAAGCACAAACAUUCAGGGAUAACCUAUAUUCUGGCUAUGAGAAAGACUACAGCACUUGUGAUAGUCAACACUCAACAGACAGCUCAUGUUCGGUGAUGAACUUUGCAACAGUUUUUGCCAUAUUGUUCAGCAGUGUUACUGGUAUCAUGAAUGGGGCCAAUAUGUCAGGUGAAUUAAAAGACCCAAGCAAGUCCAUUCCAAAAGGAACACUGACAGCUGUAGGGUUUACAUUUUGUACAUAUCUGAUAGAAGCAAUACUCAUUGGAGGUUCCUGUGAUAGGAAAUUGUUGAUCAACAACUACAUAUUCUUACAAGACAUAAAUUUAUGGCCACCAUUUGUACUGAUUGGAAUAUUUGCUACGACCCUGUCAGCUGCCCUUGGUAACCUCAUUGGUGCAUCACGUAUCCUGGAGGCACUUGCAAAUGACCAGCUGUUUUGGUUUAUACUGAAUCCAGCAAUGAAAACCACCAGGGGAGGUAAUCCAUACAUGGCAGUACUUAUAACAUGGAUCCUAGUGCAAUUAGUUUUACUUGUUGGUUCACUGAAUGCAAUCGCCCCAGCUACCUCGGUGUUCUUCUUGUUGUCCUAUGCAGCAACUAAUCUCGCAUGUAUGGCCUUAGAUCUUGCAUCUGCUCCAAAUUUCAGGCCCACAUUUAAGUACUUCAGCUGGCAGACGUCACUGCUAGGGUUACUCGGUUCAUUGGUAAUGUGUUUCCUCAUAAGUGCUUUAUACUCAUCGAUCGCCAUCAUCAUAAUGCUGGUCCUCAUAAUACUGCUCCAUUUCCGAUCUCUGCCGACCCAGUGGGGAUCCAUCAGCCAGGCUCUUAUAUUUCAUCAGGUACGAAAGUACUUGCUGAUGCUGGACAUACGUAAAGCCCAUGUGAAAUACUGGCGUCCUCAAAUAUUACUAAUGAUUGCUAGAGUUAGACAAUCUGCCGAACUUAUUGACUUUAUAAAUGACAUCAAGAAAGGCGGAUUGUAUGUAAUAGGACAUGUUCGUGUGGGAAGUAUGGACGAUUUCCCAGAAAAAGAUCCAUUACUUGAAGAAAAUCCCAAGUGGAUGAAGUUAGUGGACAAAUUAAAUAUAAAAGCUUUUGUAGAGUUAACGCUAUCAUAUAAUGUACGUGAGGGUUUUCAUCACCUAGUGAGAAUGUCCGGUUUAGGUGGUAUGAAACCAAAUACAGUCUGUCUCGGUUUCUAUGACAACGAGGUCCCAGUCGAUACGCUGUCUCGAAGGCCAUUGAGGAAGAAGCGUUUGUUUAAAACGGUGGAGACUGGACAGUAUUUAGAAAUUGGUGAACAGUUUGGAGGAAUUCGGAAAAGUGAGCAGAAAAAAGAUUUAAGUGCUAAAGAAUAUGUGAAAAUAAUUUCGGAUACAUUGAAAAUGUCAAAAAAUGUUAUGCUAUGCCGUCAUUUCAAUGCUUUAGAUAAAUCUGCUAUUUUCAAUGUAAAAGGUACACUUUAUAUAGAUGUUUGGCCUGUGAACUUUUUCCGCCCAGAGACAGCUAGUUAUUUUGACAACACAUGCUUGUUCCUGCUGCAGUUGGCUACCGUGAUCAACAUGGUCCCUGGCUGGAAGUCAAAGACGUGUCUACGUGUCUUUCUAUUUGUCAAUACCAAUACAGAAAAUUCUGUUGUGAAAGAACAAAAGUUAGAAACUUACUUAAGACAACUACGAAUUCUAGCAAGAAUUCAAAUCGUCUCGUGGGAAAGCAUUUCUGAACAAGUGAUCAAGAAAGAAUUGCUUGAUAAUAGUGUGAACUAUCCUGAAUCGAGAAUGCAGGAAUACAAUGAAAUGGAUGACGAGUUUGUACAGGCCAUUAAUAAGAUGGUUGUCUCGUAUUCGAGUCGUACAGCUCUUUCAUUCCUGUACUUGCCCCGCCCACCAGGGAAUGGCGGUCAGGAGAAGUAUCUGAGGCAACUUGACGAGCUGUCUGUCAACCUUCCACCAACAGUUUUUGUGCAUGGAUUGCAUCCAGUUACGUCCACUACACUUUGAUGUGCAAUAACUGUACUGCAGUAACUUAAAACAUUAAAACGUGCUUGCAUAAGAAUAACUCAGUUCUUUCUUUAAGAUUCAAAUUUGCUGUCACAUAGGGAAGGUAAUACAUACCAACAUGCAGGAAGUUGAAACAUGUCGAUAACUAAGUUGGUUAAGUUUGAAAAAUGUAUUUUUAUUCGCUGUACCAUUUUGCAAAUGAUUACGACAUUUAUGCAUAUGUAUUACUUUCAGUUGCUUCUCUACCAACAUACAUGGAAAACAUAGGGCUAUUUCAACACAGCUAUUCAUAGAUUGCACUUAAAUCUCACUAUGUUUACCUUAUAUGCGUCUAUGCAAAACUGGAAUUCAUAGAUUACAACUGCUAACACUACACAGAUUUGUACGGAUUAAUUAAUGUAUGCUCUCAUGUACAUGGUUUACACCACAAGCUUGACUCAUACUUAAUGAAUAAAAUACAACAUUGCCAUUUACUCAUGUCCUUGGAUUAUACGUGCCAGCACAACACAGAUUUACAUGGAUUGAAAGUGCCUUUGCAACACUUGUAUACAUGAAUUACAUCUACAAAUACAACACACAUCUAUAUUGAUUAAAUAUGCAUAUAAUGCACUUGUGUAUAUGGAUUACACCUGCCAGCUUAGCUCAGAUUUACAUGGAUUAUACAUAUGCCUGUGCAGCACUUGUGUAUAUGGAUUACACCUGCCAGCUUAGCUCAGAUUUACAUGGAUUAUACAUAUGCCUGUGCAGCACUUGUGUAUAUGGAUUACACCUGCCAGCUUAGCUCAGAUUUACAUGGAUUAUACAUAUGCCUGUGCAGCACUUGUGUAUAUGGAUUACACCUGCCAGCUUAGCUCAGAUUUACAUGGAUUAUACAUAUGCCAGUGCAGCACUUGUGUAUAUGGAUUACACCUGCCAGCUUAGCUCAGAUUUACAUGGAUUAUACAUAUGCCAGUGCAGCACUUGUGUAUAUGGAUUACACCUGCCAGCUUAGCUCAGAUUUACAUGGAUUAUACAUAUGCCAGUGCAGCACUUGUGUAUAUGGAUUACACCGGUCAGCUUAGCUCAGAUUUACAUGGAUUAUACAUAUGCCUGUGCAGCACUUGUGUAUAUGGAUUACACCUGCCAGCUUAGCUCAGAUUUACAUGGAUUAUACAUAUGCCAGUGCAGCACUUGUGUAUAUGGAUUACACCGGUCAGCUUAGCUCAGAUUUACAUGGAUUAGAUAUGCCAGUGCAGCACUUGUG